AGGUAGGAUCAAGCAUUCAGAGGAGAGAGAAAAAGGCGGCCCGGCCGCUGCAAAAACCGUUCUAAGUGUCGACAGAGCAGAGGAACAGAAAAACAGAGUGGUUCUAAGAUGAGAUCUGCUACCACUCAAGGCGAUGUUCUUGAACCGUUGCUGCAGCCGACGCCCGAUUCGCCGUUGCUGUCCGACAAGCAUGAAACCAACGACGAACUCGAAAACAUAUUAUCCGACACUCAGAUGUCUGUCGUCCAGCGUUACACUCGAGCUACUUGGAUCGAGCUUAAGCUUAUGUUCUAUUUGGCUGCUCCGGCGGUUUUCGUGUACAUGAUUAACUACCUCAUGUCCAUGUCUACCCAAAUCUUCUCCGGCCACCUCGGCAAUCUCGAGCUCGCCGCUUCCUCUCUCGGCAACAACGGCAUUCAAAUCUUCGCCUACGGCCUCAUGUUGGGGAUGGGGAGUGCAGUGGAGACUCUAUGCGGGCAAGCGUUCGGCGCCGAGAAAUACGAUAUGCUUGGCGUUUAUUUACAGAGAUCAGCCAUAUUACUGACGUUAACGGGCGUGCUUUUAACGGCUGUCUACAUAUUCUGUAAACCCAUUUUAAUAUUUCUGGGUGAAUCCAGGGAAAUUGCAUCGGCGGCUGAAAUUUUCGUGUAUGGAUUGAUUCCUCAAAUCUUCGCAUACGCUAUAAACUUCCCAAUCCAGAAGUUUCUUCAGGCACAGAGCAUCGUGUUUCCGAGCGCGUACAUAUCGGCUGCGACGCUGGUGGUGCACGUGGUGUUGAGUUGGGUGGUUGCCUAUAAAAUUGGGCUGGGGCUGUUGGGAGUGUCGUUGGUUUUGAGCUUUUCGUGGUGGAUAAUUGUGGUGGGGCAAUUUGUGUACAUAGUGAAAAGUGAAAAGUGUAAAGAGACAUGGAGAGGGUUCAGCACGAAGGCGUUUUCGGGGUUGGGGGGUUUCUUUAAGCUGUCGGUGGCGUCGGCGGUGAUGCUGUGCUUGGAGACUUGGUACUUCCAGAUUUUGGUGUUGCUUGCUGGACUUCUCGACAAUCCUGAGCUUGCUCUUAACUCCCUUUCUAUCUGCACGACCAUUUCUGGAUGGGUUUUCAUGAUUUCAGUCGGCUUCAAUGCAGCCGCAAGUGUGAGAGUUAGCAACGAGCUGGGAAGUAGGCACCCAAAAUCUGCAGCAUUUUCCGUGGUGGUGGUGACUGCCAUUGCCUUCAUCAUCUCUGCAUUCUGUGCUGUAAUUAUACUCGCACUUCGCAAUGUCAUCAGCUACGUCUUUACAGAUGGCCCCGUCGUGGCGGCCGCCGUGUCUGACCUCUGUCCACUCCUCGCCCUCACCCUCCUCCUCAAUGGAAUCCAGCCUGUAUUAUCUGGCGUGGCGGUUGGGUGCGGGUGGCAAGCUUUCGUCGCGUAUGUAAAUGUUGGUUGCUAUUAUGUUGUUGGAGUUCCCUUGGGUGCCCUCCUCGGUUUCUAUUUCAAGCUAGGAGCGAAGGGUAUAUGGCUGGGGAUGAUAGGUGGAACAUGCAUGCAGACAAUGAUUUUGAUAUGGGUCACAUUUCGAACAGAUUGGAAUAAAGAGGUGGAAGAAGCAGUCAAAAGAUUAAACAAGUGGGAAGACAACCCGCAAACUACUUUGAAGGGUUAAAUUUCGCGGGUUCAAUUCCUUCGGGUCGGGUACUCUCAGAAAA